AUCAGAUCCUGCUGCUGCUGCUGUCCGGGCGUUAGGAGGUGGAGAAGGAAGGAGAUGGCCGACAAGUAGUCAACAUUAUCUUUGGUACCUCUUGGCAAAAUUCCUUAUUAACCACACUUUACAUUUGAAAAGGGAAGAGGACGUUUCGACUGUUUAACCCCUCAGCCACAAUGGCAGAACAAAACAGUAACGUCAGAUAUCAAGAGGUAAGUAACAGUUUGCUGGCACACGGAAACGCAGCUAAGAGCUAGCUUUAGCUUUAGCUUCAGCCUGUUCUGCUAACACAAGUCAACAUAAGCCUGUCAGGGAGAGCUCUGCACAGUUUCGUUUACGGCUUGGUUUGAGUUUAAGGAAAACUUAGCCCAAAUCUAAUCCUGCCUUAAAUGCCUUACAUUGGAAUACACUAUCAAUAUAUGGAGAUAUCACAGUGACUUAAAAUCUAUUUGACAUUUUUGUAGAUGUGCAGAAAAUGACUUGAAACGUUAGUCAGUGUUUUGGGGCCUGACUGGAAAGACUGAUCAGUGACACUUUAAAGACUAAGACUGCUGGAUCAGUAAGAAGUCAGUCAAUAAUUGAAAGGUAAAGAUGGAUAGUUAUAUUUGUGUAGGUGUAGCUUGAUAAUUCAUUCACAAAUAUUGAUGUUUGAAUCAGGAGUGCAACAUUUGUUGAUUAAACUGAGCUUUUAGAGCUUUUAGUUUUCAUAGAAGGAUAGUGUGUUACCAGCUGUGCAGAUAAUCCAGGCCUAAAUUACUGCAGACAUGUCUACUAUGACCACUUGUUGCACAGCUCAUGACAUGUGUGUGACAUGAUCACCGCUCCCGUAUUCUCACUCUUAAACCUCUGGGUUAUUUCAUCCCUACAGCCCACCUUUACUAAAUUUAAAGAUACUCUUCAGAAGUGUGCAUUUGUGUCAACUAUGGGGGGUUUUGAGGUAGAUUGGAGCAGUUUUAGUAAUGUCCUUAUCUAGCCUCACACCACAUUGUGUAAGACUUGCUGUGAAAUAAAAAAACUCAAAUGAACAAGUGUUUAUAGAACAGACUGUAGAUUUUCUUCUCAUUUUACUGCUGAUGUUUGACUGAUCGGGAAAUUUCUCACACUGAUGUAAAAAUAACAGAAAUCCAAUAUUUCUAAACAUCAGUGCUGCUUGAAUUGCUCUAUGAUUAUUUCUGUGGGUCUUUUUUUAAACAAUAAAUCACAAUGGGAUAAUCCUAUUGGCUGAUAAAACUCUGAGGUUAGCUUUAGUGUUGCUUCCUUAUCCUGCUUCAAUGUAUUUCAGCCAGCGGAAAUAUCCUGAGAGAUAUCGCUUCAGUUUGAUUCAAAUUGGGCUGUGUUUGUUUACAUUCCUUCAGCUGGUGAACGAAGAGGAGCCAGCCCAGCCAUCCCAGGAGGGUCCUGCUCAAGACGCACCACCACCCUAUAGCAGCAUUGCUGCAGCAAAUGCAGGUUAGGAACCUUCACUAACCCCUUUUAGAUAACUUGGAUAAAAACAAGUGGGAGAAUGAUUUAAUCUCCUAAAAGCCAGUUCUUGAUUAGAAGUAGCUGAAGUGCUACUCUGCAUAGUUUCAAAUGUGAAAUAAAGAAAAGAUUUACCGCUGAAAUCUGAUAAACUGAGUUAGAGAUAAGUUUAUUGUGCUGGAGUGUAAUGGUUGAAUAUGAUCUGUCAAUCAUCUGCCUGCCUUUAUCCCGCUUUGUCGUUUGUUGAAUGAUUAAUGGAGGAGGUAAUGGCCUGUGUGUACAGCUUUUAGAAAGGCCCAAUGUUCUUAUCUCACGUCUUAUGAGGGCAAAGGUCAGUGUGUUACAUAAAUGGGUGUUGCCUUGAGCUCUUCAGGGUGAGUCCAUUGAUCUGGUUCAGUGCAGUAUAUGUUUGGACAACACAAAGCAGUGCUCUGGACCCCUGCCAAAUGACCCAGAUAAGGUCUAAGCUUGUUUCAAACAGGACAUGAUCAGAAAUGGACUCACAUACGACUAAUGUCUUUGUUCACGCCGCAGCUCAGUCUGCUCUGGUCUGGUUGACAGCUCUCUACUGCUGCCUGUCAUGUUGAAGAAAAUUAAGAGGAGACUUUUGUUUUGUCAGCAAUCAAACCCUCAUAACGGCUGCUUCAAUCCAUCAACACUAAUUACUCAAAACUAUGAGGUUAGCAUGUUAGAAACAUUUCAACUUCCAUAUUAAAAAACACACUGUCUCCUGGAUUGUUGUGUCUGAUAGAGGAUAACAUUAGGCACUCUUUGCUAUGCCUGUCUCUCUGACUGUUAACCCUUUAAUGAUUUUGUAUCAUAUUUGAUACAUACUUUUAUGAUACUUCUAUCAAAUCAGUAUGAUCGACAAAUUACUAAAAAAAAACACCUGCAUACAGCCCGAUAAAUGAUAAAAAUGUCCUCUUGUGAGUUAUCAGAUUCCAAAAACAUCUAAUGUAUCAAACAAGAUCUUUCUUGCCAUAAUUUGUGGUUUCAGGCAUUAAAGGGUUAAUUUACAUAAAAUAUCAAUAAAGAUUAUAAAACUGACGAUAGAUGUCUUGUAAUACGUCGUUGUCGUUGUUUUCUUCCGCUUAUCCGGGUGCGAGUCGCGGGGGCAGCAGCUUCAGGAGGGAAGUCCAGACGGCCCUCACCCCGGCCACUUCCACCAGCUCCUCUGGUAGGAUUCCCAGGGGCUCCCAGGCCAGGCGAGAGAUAUAAUCCCUCCACCUGGUCCUGGGCCGGCCAUGAGGUCUCCUCCCGGUGUGACAUGUCCGGAACACCUCUAGCAGGAGGCGUCCAGAAGGCAUCCUAACCAGAUGCCCGAGCCACCUCAGCUGACUCCUCUCGAUGUGGAGGAGCAGCGGUUCUACUCUGAGCGCCUCCCGAGUGUCCGAGCUCCUUACCCUAUCUCUGUGAAGAAGAAAACCUAUUCCGUCCGCUUGUAUCCAUGCUCUUGUUCCUUCGGUCAUUACCCAAAGUUCAUGACCAUAGGUGAGGAUCGGCACGUAGAUCGACCAGUAAAUCGAGUGUCUCCCCUUACGGCUCAGCUCUUUCUUGACCACGACAGAUUGGUCAAAUGUCCGCAUCACUGCUGAUGCCGCUCCGCUCCGCCUGUCGAUCUCCCAUCUUGUAAUUGCCUCCCAAAAUAAAAUAAAAUUUUAUGAUUUGGCAAAAUUAAUAACAUUGAUGUUUUCUUGAUCUCAUUUUGAAGGCCAACAUAAAGCUGUUUUCCUUCACAAACUGAUAAUUCUGCAUAAGUUGCAGCAUGUCUUGGGGCGGAGGAGCCAAACUACCAUCAGCUAAAGUUAGCUUACACCCAGGAGGCCAGCUUGUUCCCUUAGUAAUCUUCACACGGUUUUUCACAGCAUCUGAAGAACCCACAGACGUCCCCUCUUCUUUAUCAUUACAGAUCAUGUAUAGAACUGAUGAAAAACACCCCAAAAGUCAAAGAGUUGGACGGAGAAAAACUGAGUCUUUCUGACACAGUUUCAGGGACACAAAACACUGUGACACUGAUGUACUUUGAAAAUAAAAUACCAUGAAUGUUGUCACCUUUGAGGGAUGAAGUUGUUUUUAUUGUUGCUUUCAUGCUCCUUGGUUAAACCUUUUUUACUCUUUCUUUAGCAGCAGCUUAAAUAUUACCGGUACUUUCUAGUUGGAAGUGGCUGUGUGCGUGUGUUUGCUCUUAUAUGGAAAGGCUGAUGUAGCUGUUUGGUAAUGAGGAAAGUGUUCAAAAUGUGUGAAAAUUGUCCUCACUUACUUAAUUGUAAUCUCCUAUCAAAAUAUUUCAUUACUCAGACCAAACUUCAACAGCUAAUGUUGUUGUACUCUGGCAACUGCUGCCAGGAAGGUGGAGCAGCCUCCUGGAUGUGAUCAGAGAGUCUCCACAGUGUUUGCUUUGAAGGGCUGGAACUGUUUGAUUGUAGUUUCAAUAUUGGCUGAGCCCACACACGUGAGUGAGGGUAAUUAGAAAGUUUAUUUCCAUCUGUAAGUGGGUGAUUAAUUUUGCUUGUUGCUUCCACAGCCUUCUUUGAAUACAAGGAAGAUGGAGGGAGAUUUCCCAACCCUCCAUCCUACAGUGUUGCGACCACCCUACCCUCCUACGAUGAAGCCGAAAGAAGCAAAGAAGAGGCAGCCGUCCCCCUGGUCCCUGGAAGAGUCACGGUACGCUGAUAAUUGGAAAUUUUCCCAAUGACUGACCUGACAUAAACGGAACAUGAAAAAAGAAGUUAAAGUUAAUGCCAUAAUUUCUUGGUCUUGGUGCAGGAAGAUGACUUUGUUGCCAGAGAUGACUUUGAAGAUGCUGACCAGCUGCGGAUAGGAAAUGACGGCAUCUUCAUGCUCACUUUCUUCAGUAAGAACUAGACUAGAAAUUCAACACUAGACUGAUAGAAUCUGAGUCCUGAAAGAGUCAUUUAACUUCAUCUUUAUUGGACAAAGAGCUUGUUAAAAAGUCAGUGUUGAAGUUAACAAACCUGGCCAUUGAUGCACUCCCCUUUCAUUCAGUCUGGGUUGUGCAGUUGAGAUAAGAGAUGAGAUGAGAUUCAAUUUAUUGUCAAUGUACAGUACAAGUACAGUACAGCGAAAAGUAUUUUCACAUCUCACCAGAGUGCAAAGUAAACAUGUCAGUGCUAGUGAUAGAUUAUUUUAUAGGUAAGGAAGUAAUGGAAAUUUAAUAAAUAAUUAUGUGUAUUAUAGCGAUAAAUAAUAAAUAAAUGCAUUCAAUACUGUCAGAUUGAUAUUGCACGUAGCCCAUAUUGCACAGAAGUGCUAGACUAAGGUCCAGUGUUGGGUUCAAUGUCUGUGUGAAAUUUGACCAAACUUUGUGUUUUUUGUCAUUGACUUAUUAUGCGUUUCCCUCCUCCAGUGGCAUUCCUGUUCAACUGGAUUGGCUUCUUCUUGUCUUUCUGUUUGACCACAUCAGCCGCUGGCCGAUACGGAGCCAUCUCUGGCUUCGGCCUGUCACUCAUCAAAUGGGUUCUUAUUGUUAGGGUGAGAGCUGCUUUAUGAACAUUUACCAGCAACAGUACAGUUCAAAGAUGCAUGUUCACAUGUUGAUGGUUCAUGUGUAUUCGACUAAAACUCUCAGAUUGUCCCUAAAACAGUCUCGAUUGUGCUAUCUCAUAUUUCUUCCAGUUUUCGACCUACUUCCCCGGAUACUUUGAUGGGCAGUACUGGUUGUGGUGGGUGUUCCUGGCUCUGGGUAAGAGAGAGAAAGAAAGAAAGAGAAAAAACAAAAACUUAAAAAUGAAACACAAUUUCUUGAUGAUAUUCAUGAUGGAUUUUGUUGUAUGACUUGAAUUCAUCUCAUUAUAUCUCCAGGCUUCAUGCUGUUCAUCAGAGGCUUCGUUAACUACUCCAGAGUGCGUAAACUGGCUGAUCCCACUUAUGCCACUCUUCCUCGAACAAGAGUACUCUUCAUCUACUAAAGGUAUGAACUGUCGUAUUAAUCUUGUCACACUCUGCAUCAUAAAUAUAUUAUUUGACUGGAGAUUUCCGCAUUGUUACAGAUCUGAACUUUGAUUAAAAAAAGAAAAAUAUGUCAGUACCAGUCGAGCUCAGUGGAUGAAGUGUGCGGCCUGUCUGAAGAGGCUGUAGUUCUCAUUGCAAGUUUUCAGAUAUUGCCUAGAAAUACAAGUCCAGGUCUUAAUAAGGAUUGAAUGCAGCUCUCCUUUUAACAGCACCUGCUAAUGUUGUGUUGUAUAAAUUUACUAAAGUCAAGAGUGGUGUUCAGUGGUCAGGUUACGAUGAGAGCGUACUAGGCUUGAUCAAAUGGCAAGCUAUUUCAGACAACCUGAUGCACUGAUCAACUGUGUGUUUGCAACUCAAGCAGCUGAUCACAGCUUGAAUAAAAACUUUUCCUCCGUGGUUCAAAAAUAGAUGCAGUUUUUAGAUACAAACUGUCAGCUUAAACAUGGAAGGCAUAAACAGUGAAAGGGGUUAUGAUGGAGGGGAUAAAAUAUUAUCAAAUAAAACUUUAUUUAUAGAGCACUUUUCAUGCAUGGACAUGCAACUCAAAGUGCUUUACCCACAUGGAAAAAUAGAAACAGAAAAAAACUAUUACAAAUAAAGCCCCACCCUCCAUACGACACAGAUACACACACGCACCUGCACACUCUCUUUACUGACAAUAGGGAGACAUGGCAUGGAAAUGAGGAUUAAGGAAGCACCGUCUUAGGGGCCAUCCACACUGGGAGGAGCCGCAGGCUGUGCCACAGGGGCCAACAGCGCCCAGGCCCCCCGACCCUGGCAGACAACGGCCAGUCGGGCCAAAGAGACCCAGAGACAGUGCCUCCAGCAGCAGCCCAGACACAACUCCCAGUGUGGAGGAACCCCCUAAAGAAACACUGGAGUUCAAGUUAAAAACUAAAAGCAUAAGAUAGGAUUAAAAAAAAAAACCCUGAGAAAAAUAAGUAAAUGAGUGAACAGCUUAAAAGGAUAGAAAUACAUAAGAUUCUAGCACCAGUGAUAAGUAAAAACAAAUAAAAUUAUUUAAGAUUAAUCUCAUCUUUGAAAACAAGAUAGAAGCAACAACAUAAGAUAAGAUAGAACCACAUAAGAUUGUAAGGAAAAUUUAAAAUACUAGUUAAAAGCCUUAAAACGGAGACCUUCACUGAAAUCAGUUCUCUUAAAAUUCAUACUCAGACUCCUUCAAGGCUUUUUACAAUUGUUUCUUGGUGUUUAAAUCUCAAGUUUUCUUGUAAACAUAACAAACAGACAGAUAUCUAGUUAGUACCGCUGUUUUGAUGUGCACCUCUUUUCCGUACUUUAAUCCAGGAUCUUUGAUGUUGGAGAACUGGACGACACGUGAAGCGACUCUGCAAAAAGUUUAAGAUGAAAGUGAAGACCCUUAACAAGAAAUUGGACGGAUGAAGACAACUGUUCGUAAAAUAUUCAGGAAUUAUAUCACUUGUUUCAUUUUGUUUUGGAAACUUUAUUAAUGGAAAAUGGUUAACAGUAAUAGUCCCUCAAUGUACUCAUUAGUGGCGAAUGUCAAGUGCUAUUUACAUCUCUGUCUGUAAUGUAUAAGUAAUGCCUUAUAUCAUUUGGUGGUAGCAUACAAGCAUGCAUCUGCCCUUAAAGAAGGGCGAGUCUCAUGUUGGUGACACUUGAAGCCAGCAGGUUUGAAUACACACUUUGGUAGAUUUGCCGUAGCAUGCAAGAAUCCUAGUAAUCUGCACUUAUUUCACCUCCUUAUUUUAUUGUGGCGAUAAGAGGCUCAUUUUAGACACUGCUUACACUCUAAAGCUUUUAUUUGGAUAACAGAUGUUCACUUAUUUCUCUCACCUGUUGGCUUUAAGUAGCGUUGCCCUUGUUUUCAGCCAGGAGGGGGCAGUGUUGUCUGUUGCUCUUAAGAUGUUUGCUCAUCAAGGACAUUGUCAUCAUGCCACGUUCAUGCUUGUGAUUUAAACUCUGUGUCAGUGGAGCGCCUGGUACAUUUUUUUGUUGUGCAUUAAAUCAGACAAUUAUUAACCCUGAAAAUAGAGUUUUAGUUUAUAGAUAUGAUCUUAGACGAUCCAGUUUGAGUUUGUAAACGAUAAUCAAGCCAGAAAACAGAUGGCUAUAAAUGUCAGGAGACGAUCCCCCGGAGCAGAUCAGCUGACAGAGUGGGGAUGCCGAAGUUUUGGACACUUACAGCAACCGAGAUGAUGAUUUUUUCUGCACAUAUGAGCACAUUUUCUGGUUCAUAUACCCACAAAAGCUCACAUAGAUGCAAGAGCCUGACCUUUCCAUGACUCUGCAGUGAGUCAGUGAAGUCUCAUCCUCUCUGUGAUUAGAGAGGAAACUCUCUGCUGUCUGGAUUUCAGCUCUUAAUGAUCUCCCUCAGACAUUUGGAUCAGUUUAUCUGAGACCAUAAAAAUAACUCAUCCCAUUUUCAGGUGGGCUUUUUGCCUUAAGAUUUAAUUGACAGAAGAAGAAGAAGAAGGGAAAUAUGUGUUUUUUCUUUAAAGACCAUGAUUCAUGAGGUAUAGGAAGUUAGCUGUUAUAUGGGUGUAAGGCCAAUAUCAAAGAAUGUUAUGUAUGCAGGUGCACUUUCAGAAACAAAACCAAUAAAACCCAGAGGAUUGUUUCAUCAUGACUUUGAGGCCCGGACACAUAAAACAAGAAAUGAAUGAUGCAGAGGUGUUGGAUUUUUGUCCCUGCGCUCUAUAGUGGAGUUGUUUUUGAUUUAACUUGCCAAUGAGAAGAAUCAAGGAGGCCCUGCAAACCGAACUGUUUGCCUUAUCAGUUCAACUCAUACACUCACCAAGGCUUCUGUAACGACUCAUUAUGCUUCUUUCUAUGUGAUGUAGAGUUAAACCUGGGGUUUUGUUGAUAUGAAACUGUACAGAAAAUGUUUAGUGUUAAAUAAAUGUCACUUUUAAUGCCUCA